GCCUCCCUUUAAAACCAAGCCCAUUGCCUCUCUUAACCCCUCUCUUCUCUUCUCAUUUCAUCUCUCUCUCCCGCAAAACAACUUCUACUCUCUCUCUCUAUCUCUCUCGAUACAGCGCCUAUACAUACACAGUUUUGUAUUUAUAGAGUCUUGUUACGGAGGGGAAGAAAGAGAGAGAGAGAGGGAGAGAGAACGAAAGAUACCCAUCAGAUUGAUCUCAUCAGCAACCAACCAGAACCAAAUCACCAAAUCAAUCUCACAGAUCAAAUCAAGAUGCAGUCCGCCAACGGUCCUGAUCUGGGUAAUCCACCGUCGAAACAACAGCAGCCGUCGCCAGCUCAGCAGCAACAACAAGCGCAGCAGCCACCUCAGCAGUGGGUCGCACAUCACCCGCAGCAGCAGUGGAUGGCGGCUAUGCAGUAUCCGGCGGCGGCUAUGGUGAUGAUGCAGCAGCAGAUGAUGAUGUACCCGCAGCACUAUAUGCCUUAUAAUCAUCCUCAUCAUCCUGCUCAUCAGUUUCAUUACUCGCAGUAUCCUCAUCCUCAUCAUCAUCAUCAACAGCAGCAGCAACAACAACAGCCGCAGCAGCAACAAGGUCCGUAUCAACAGCAACAGCUGCCGCAGCAACAGCCGCAGGGAUCUGCUGAGGAGGUUAAAACGAUCUGGGUUGGUGACCUUCUUCAUUGGAUGGAUGAGACUUAUCUCCAUAGCUGUUUCUCCCACACUGGCGAGGUCUCUUCUGUAAAGGUUAUUCGCAAUAAACAAACGGGGCAGACAGAAGGCUAUGGAUUUGUUGAGUUCUUUUCGCGGGCAGCAGCUGAGAAAGUUUUGCAGAGCUACAAUGGCUCUGUGAUGCCAAACACUGAUCAACCCUUUCGUUUGAACUGGGCAUCCUUUAGUGCGGGUGAUAGGCGAGCAGAGACGAGCUCUGAUCUAUCUAUUUUUGUUGGAGACUUGGCUCCAGAUGUAACUGAUACUUUGCUGCAUGAGACAUUUGCUAGUAGAUAUCCAUCUGUUAAAGGGGCAAAAGUUGUCUUUGAUUCAAAUACUGGUCGUUCCAAAGGCUAUGGUUUUGUUAGAUUCGCAGAUGAAAAUGAGAGGUCAAGAUCUAUAACUGAAAUGAAUGGAGUGUAUUGUUCGAGUAGGGCAAUGCGAAUCGGUGUGGCAACCCCCAAAAAAGCAGCUGGUCAUCAACAACAGUACUCUUCCCAAGCUUUGGUACUGGCUGGUGGACAUGCAUCGAAUGGCUCUAUGGCUCAAGGUUCUCAAUCUGAUGGUGAACCAAAUAAUGCAACUAUAUUUGUUGGAGGACUUGACUCUGAUGUAAGUGAUGACGAACUCAGGCAACCAUUUUGUCAAUUCGGUGAAGUUGUCUCCGUGAAAAUACCAGUAGGUAAAGGAUGUGGGUUCGUGCAAUUUACGAACAGAAAGAAUGCUGAGGAUGCUAUGCAGAGUUUGAAUGGGACAGUCAUCGGAAAGCAGACAGUUCGUCUUUCCUGGGGUCGUAGUCCAGGAAACAAACAGUGGAGAGCUGAUCCGAAUAACCAAUGGAACGGGGGACAUCAUCGCAGUCAGAGCUACGGCUAUGGCUAUGGCUAUGCUGUUCCACCAAAUCAGGAUCCUAGCAUGUAUGCAGCAGCGACUGCCGUUCCUGGGGCUUCCUGAUGGGAAGUCCGGCAACUAUGUAACCUGAAUCGAACUCACAGAAGUAGUUAGUCAUCGAGAGAUUAUGAUCGAAUUAUAGUGGGUUACCGCUGGUUUGGCUAAAUCUGUAGUGUCUAAAAGAAUUUUGUAGCUGGAUUAAAUUGAAUGGUUGGAGUUGUGUUUAGGAUUGUAUUAUUAGAUUAUUUAAAUCUUGACUUCUGUUUGGAAGAUCAUCAGAUUGGGUGCUAAAUCUUGUUUUUCAUCCCAAA